AAAAGUCUUUCACCGUGUUUUACCUAAAAACAAAAUCAAGAUAAAAAAGGGGGAAAACCAAAAUUAGGGUUUCUAGCUAAUUUUCGCAUCGUUAAGGGAAUAUGCCGCGCUUUGAUGAUCGCUAUGGUAGUACUACACGUCUUUAUGUUGGUCACUUGUCAUCACGAACCAGAUCACGCGACUUGGAGGACAUAUUUAGCAGAUAUGGAAGAAUUCGUGAUGUGGAUAUGAAGCGUGACUUUGCCUUUGUGGAAUUUAGAGACUCGCGAGACGCUGAUGACGCACGUCAUAGCUUAAAUGGUCGUGAUGUGGAUGGAAGUCGCAUUGUGGUGGAAUUUGCCAAAGGGGUGCCACGUGGUUUUGGCGGCAGCGGCGGCGGCGGCUACUCAAGCGGGUCUCGUGAUUUUCUUGGCAGAGGUCCUCCUCCUGGUGCAGGUCGAUGCUUCAAUUGUGGACUUGAUGGCCACUGGGCUCGAGAUUGCAAAGCUGGUGACUGGAAGAACAAAUGCUAUCGUUGUGGUGAGCGAGGCCAUAUAGAAAGAAAUUGUCAGAACAGCCCAAAGAAAGUUGUUGAAAGCAGGCGUGGCCGAAGUUACUCGAGGACCCCAUCUCCUCCACCUCGACGUGGGAGAAGCCGGAGUCGCAGCUACAGCCGAUCUAGGUCACCUGCGAGGAGAGAGAGGAGCAGUGAACAUGCAGAUAGAAAAAAGAGGAGUCCUAGGAGGCACAAGGCUUCACCAUCACCAUCUAAAGGGAGGAAAAAUAGCCGAUCACCUGCUGACAGGAGCCCAGAAGUUAAGGACAGCCCAAAGCCUACUUCGAGGAGUAGGAGCCCAGUGGAAGACGAAGUUGGCAGCCCCAUUGAUAGGAGUCCUGCUGAAGAGAACGGGCGCAGUCGUAGUCCUAGUCCAGCUCCUCGGGACAAUGGUAGUCCUGUUGACGAUGAUGAUGAGAACAAUGGUUCUCCAAGGGGCAGUGAAUCUGAGUGAAUGUGUGGGCGUAAUCAGUUUCUUGUUUCGUGCUAGACUUUGAUUAGUUGGUUGUUAAAUGAAAUUUAUAUAUUUGUUUAGUGCGAGUUGUUUUAUAUCUUUCUUGAUGUGGAUUAUAUAUCGGAGUUUGAUGUUAAAGAUAUUUUGAAUAAUUUAUGAAAUGUGAAAUCGUGAAUGUUGAGACUUGAAA